CUUUAAACACACAUAAUUAUACGGAUCGCCACAGCUUUUUCUUGAUUUAAUUUUUAAAUAAUUGCUGGGCUCAUUUAUUAUUUAGCAAGUGAGGUGAAAUCUUGGAAUAUUCUUUUUUUUAAAAGAUAAAAAAUUUGUUGAUGAAUUGAUGUCUUUAGCUGUUGGAGCUGUAUCUAGUUCCAAUAGUAACAUGGGGGGAUUUAAUGAAGAAGAUGCAGAGAAGAGUGGCGAUGAGACUAUAAAAAGAAGUCCCAGUGAAGCUUCUUUGUCUGCUACUGAUCAAGAGGAUGAAGAUGAUCAUGCCAUUGAAUUGGGUCCUCAGUUCACUCUCAAGGAACAGCUUGAAAAAGACAAGGAUGAUGAGAGUUUGAGGAGGUGGAAAGAGCAGCUAAUUGGAGCUGUGGAUAUUAACAAUGUUGGAGAAUCUGCAGAUCCAGAAGUAAAGAUCAUCAAUCUCUCUAUUGUCUCACCUGGUAGACCUGACAUUGUGCUUCCUAUUCCAGAGGAUGGAAAACCAAAAGGCCCAUGGUUUACUUUGAAAGAAGGCAGUGUCUAUAGGUACAUUGUUGUUGGCUUUAGGUACACAAAUAACAUUGUUGUUGGCUUUAGGUACACAAAUAAUGUCUGGAAAACUGGUGUCAAGGUUGAUACUACAAAAGAGAUGCUUGGAACAUUUAGUCCUCAACAAGAGCCGUAUAUAUUUGACGCGCCCGAAGAAACCACCCCUUCUGGUUACUUUGCCAGAGGUUCAUACACUGCAAAGUCAAAGUUUGUCGAUGACGAUAACAAGUGCUACUUGGAUAUCCAGUAUACAUUUGACAUUCGGAAGGAUUGGGCUAAAGCUGAGUAGAUUUUGCUUUGUAUGUUAGAAAUCCUUCUCCUUUAAUUUAGUUAGAAAACAACUCAGUGUGAUGGCGGUUCUUAUAUAGAAACCCGUAGUCUUAAUAAAAGAGCUUGGUUGUCUGUAUAUGUCUUAGUUUGUGAACCAAUUUGCUUAUCUUUUGAGCUGGAUGGAGAUGAUUUAGUUGGCGGAUAUUUUUUCCUUGUAA